GAAGUGCAGAGAAGAACGAGAGCAGCGAAGUGAGUGUCCUCAACGGAACACUCCGUAUUCAGGAGAUCAUUCGGGCUGUUGAGGAGAUCGCUCCUGAAAAAGGGAAAGGGCCCGCGAUUUCUUUUUUCGGUUUCGAUUAGGUAGGUAGGAUAGGGAUCGCCGAUAUCCGCGACUGAGUGUCCAGCGGUUGGCGAAAUUGGAGAGAUCAGCCUCACUGAUGGUGCUAGCUAAGCGAACAAGGUAGGCAUGUGUAGGGAGUUGAGCCGGACACAUUCCGGCUGGUGUACCGGUGAGAAAAGAAAACAUAAGGAUGUAAAAAGAACUGUGAUUUUUCAAUCCCUAGAAAGGUGGAGGUUUCUGCUGUUGUGCGUGACACUCACACAAAUUGUAAAAUGUAUAGAUGCCCAACAAUACCAAUAUGGAAAUUAUUCAUCAGUUAAUUAUGGAAGGCAGAUAGAUCCAAGAAAUGAAAGACCCUGCGUUGGUUGUGACAAUGGUGGAUGCAAAUGUAUUGGUGAAAAAGGAUCCAGGGGAGCCCCUGGACCACCUGGACCUCAAGGUUCACCUGGUCUACGAGGAUUUGAGGGGCCAGAAGGACUUACUGGAGAAAAAGGUCUAAAAGGUGAAAUUGGAGUAUCUGGACCACGAGGACCUAAAGGAGAUAGGGGUAAAAUGGGAAUUCCUGGAUAUCCUGGCAUGAAUGGCAUUCCUGGUUUGCCUGGACAAAUGGGUCCUAGAGGUCCCCCUGGUAUGGAUGGCUGCAAUGGAACUGAUGGAAGGCCAGGUGCUGAUGGUUACCCUGGUGAUCCUGGACCACGAGGUUACCCAGGGCCACCCGGUUAUAAAGGUGAAAAAGGUGAACCAGCUAUUGGACCUCCAGGUUUGAGAGGACAAAAGGGUGAACAAGGUAGAGACGGGCAACCUGGAAAGCCUGGACCACCUGGAGCUGAUGGUAGACCUGGAACAAAAGGUGAUCGCGGUAUUCCUGGGCCCCAUGGACCUAAAGGAGAACAAGGACUUAGUGGGGAGAAAGGUAACAUGGGUGUUGGAUUUCAAGGAUUGAAAGGAGAAAGGGGAGAACGAGGUUUGAUUGGACCUCCUGGACCUCCUGGUGCUUGUGAUGGCUAUUUCCUUGAAAAGAAAGGUGUUACUGUUGGUCUUCCAGGACUGCCUGGCCCAAAAGGAAUGAAAGGUGAAUCUGGAGAAAGAGGAGAACGAGGUUUCAAUGGACUUCCUGGACUAAUGGGACCACCUGGUGAUAUUGGUAUGACUGGUGAGAAGGGACUACCUGGUUAUCCUGGACCAAGAGGAAAAGAUGGAUUUCCAGGACCACCUGGAGCUCAAGGUUUUAAGGGAGAUAGGGGUGAAGAUGGGCUUCCUGGUUUAGAUGGUUUAAGUGGUAUGAAAGGUGAUCCAGGAGAUUCAGGUAUACCAGGACCAAGAGGUCUUCCAGGUCCACCUGGUCCACCAGGAGGUAUUGAAGGAAGAGCAGGUCCUCCAGGGCCCCCAGGUCCUGCUGGUAUUACAGGGCCCCAAGGAUAUCCUGGAACUGAUGGAAUCCCAGGAGAAAUAGGGCCUCGUGGUCCGCCUGGACCACCAGGUGGUCCCGGUAUUCCUGGUGCACCUGGAAGAGAGGGUCCACCAGGUUUGAAAGGAGAAAAGGGUGAUGCAGGCUUACCUGGUCUUGAAGGUCUGUCAGGUCCUCCUGGAUUACCUGGGGCACCAGGGCCUAAAGGAGAACCUGGUGAAAAGGGUAGCCCUGGUCUUUCCAUAAUGGGCCCCAGUGGAAUGGAUGGCAGCCCUGGUCUAGAUGGAUUAACUGGUCAGAAAGGAGAAAGAGGACCUAAAGGAGAGAGAGGUGCACCUGGUGAUACAGUGGAAGGUAUUCCUGGAGCACCUGGACUUCCUGGUCCAAAAGGCGAAAGAGGAUUUGCUGGUUUGCCAGGUCGCCCAGGAUUACCUGGAUUAUUAGGGCCAAAAGGAGAAAAAGGUGGAAGUUGUAUUUCUUGCAUACCUGGAUCAAAAGGAGAAAAAGGUGAAAGAGGUCUUGAUGCUUUGCCUGGUUUACAGGGUCUUCGAGGAGAACCAGGAUUGUCUGGGCCACCUGGGCCAAAAGGUGAUGAUGGCCUUCCUGGUCUUAUUGGACCACCUGGAGAUGAAGGACGGCCAGGUCUUCCAGGACGUGAUGGUCUUAAAGGAGAACCAGGACCUCCAGCAGUUAUACCUACUGACUUAGUUGUGGGAGAUAAAGGUGAUAAAGGUGAAGCAGGUUUCCAAGGGCUCCCUGGCUUGCCAGGACGUGAUGGUUUACCUGGAUCACCAGGUUUACCCGGACCACCUGGGCCGCCAGGUUUAUUUGGAGAUAAGGGUGCACAAGGUUUCCCAGGACCACCAGGCAGGCCAGGUGCACCAGGUCUCCCAGGUAUAAUUGGGCCUAAAGGUGACAGAGGUUUAGGCAUUCCAGGACCACCAGGGGAAAGAGGCGAACAUGGAUCUCCUGGAUUACCAGGUUUGGAUGGACUACCAGGAGAAAAAGGAGAACCAGGAACACUGCCACCCAAAGAAGACAUAGUACUGCCUCCUGGUCCAAGAGGGCCUCCAGGACCUCCAGGUAUUCCUGGGGCUGAUGGACUUCAAGGUUUCCCUGGACUUAAAGGUAGAGCAGGUUUUGAUGGAUUACCAGGUGAAAAAGGUGAACCUGGAGAUAAUGGAUUACCUGGUCCUCCUGGCCCUAGAGGUUUGCCUGGUCCAAGAGGAGAUAAAGGUGGUACUGGACCUAUGGGAUUCCCUGGAGCUGUUGGUCCAAGGGGUGAUGAUGGUUUACCUGGUUUACCAGGUUUGAAAGGUUCUAAAGGAGAGCAAGGUUUACCUGGAAUAGGACGACCAGGACCACCAGGUGUUCCAGGAUUUCCAGGACCUAAAGGAGAUCCAGGAUUUCCAGGACCUCCUGGAUUACAAGGAGAGAGAGGUUUACCUGGUUUCCCAGGAAUAAAAGGAGAACUGGGUGAUUCUGGAUUGCCAGGUCUCCCAGGUUCCAAAGGUCAAAAAGGUGAACCUGCACGUGAAGGAUUGCCUGGACCUCCUGGUGAACCAGGCCCUAGAGGAUUUGAUGGACAAAAAGGUAUUCCUGGCCCAAAAGGAGACCCUGGUCUUCCUGGUUUUGAAGGUCUACCAGGCACAAAAGGAGAUCCAGGAUUACCAGGACUUCCAGGUUUUCCAGGAUUAGAUGGUCCUCCAGGUCCACCUGGACGACCUGGACAAGAUGGAUUAGAUGGUCUUCCAGGAGUUCCAGGCCAGAAAGGAGAAAGAGGAAUCGCUGGUUUUCCAGGAGCCCCAGGACCUCCUGGUUUAGAUGGUCUGCCUGGUCUCAUGGGAGAAAAAGGAGACCGAGGACUUCCUGGACUACCUGGUACUGAUGGUUUCCCUGGAACAUCUGGCAAGAAAGGAGAACCUGGUCUUCCAGGCUUCCCUGGGGCAAAGGGUCAACCUGGAGAUUCUGCAGCAAAAGGAGAGAAAGGAGAACCUGGUUUGCCUGGCUUGAUUGGACUUCCUGGCAAUCCAGGACCACCAGGUCUAGAUGGUUUCCCAGGAGAAAAAGGAGAUGCUGGAUUACCUGGAAGAGGUUUGCCAGGCUUGCCUGGACCACCUGGAGAACGCGGCUUUGAAGGACAACCAGGUCCUCCUGGUUUACCUGGACUCAAAGGUGAUAGUGGAUUACCUGGAUUUACUGGAAAUAAGGGAGAAUCUGGCUUACCUGGACUACCUGGAUUCCCUGGUGCACGUGGAUUGCCUGGACAACCAGGUUUACCAGGAUUGAAAGGCGAACCAGGUUUCCCAGGAAUACCUGGACUCAAAGGUGAGGUUGGGGAAGCAGGAUUACCAGGUCUUCCAGGCCCAAAAGGAGAAAGAGGUGAUUUUGGUGCUCCUGGUUUGCCAGGUUUAGAUGGUUUCAAAGGAGAAAAGGGUGAUUCUGGAUAUCCUGGACCACCAGGUGACAGAGCUGAUAAGGGAGAAAAGGGAGAACCUGGUCUUCCUGGUAUCCCAGGUGCAACAGGUGUGAAAGGUGCAAGAGGAUUUGAUGGCAUUCCAGGACCACCCGGGGAAAAAGGAGAUCGUGGCAUUCCUGGCUUGGAAGGAUUACCUGGACCAGAGGGAUUAAGAGGACCUCCAGGAGAACCUGGAUUACCUGGACUUGCUGGACCACCUGGAAGACCUGGUGUAGGAAUUAAAGGGGAUAGAGGAUUACCUGGACGACCUGGUUUGGAUGGAUUCCCUGGUACACCUGGAGAAAAAGGUGAAUCUGGAUUGCCUGGGCUGCCUGGUGUAAGAGGACCUAUGGGAGAACAAGGUUUACCUGGAUUACCUGGUUUGAAAGGUGAAACUGGUGAACCAGGUUUCCCAGGUCCACCUGGAAGGGAUGGAUUUCCUGGUUUGAAGGGCGAAAGUGGACUACCUGGAUUGCCUGGUGUAAAAGGAGAGCGAGGUUUACCAGGAUUUGAUGGACCUCCAGGAGUUCGAGGACCUCCAGGAUUGUCAGGUCGAGAAGGUUUGCCUGGCUUACCUGGAUUCCCUGGACCAAAAGGUGAUCCUGGUCUACCUGGACAACCAGGUUUCCCUGGGGCUAAAGGUGAUCCUGGUUUCCCUGGAAUACCUGGUUUAGAAGGACCUGCAGGUGAUCAAGGUGCACCAGGACAGAAAGGAGAAAGAGGUAUAUCUCCACCAUUAGAACUGUUGCGAGGACCAAAAGGAGAACGAGGUUUACCUGGAAUUCCAGGGGAACCUGGACCACCAGGACCAAGAGGAUAUGAUGGACCUCCAGGACUGCCAGGCUUCAAAGGAGAACAAGGACGUCCAGGGCAACCAGGAUUACCAGGACUUCCUGGACCAAUAGGUGUGAAAGGAGAUAGAGGUGUAUCAGGUUUGCCAGGUCCACCUGGAUUACCUGGUGCAAGAGGAUCACCUGGCCCAGCUGGUCUUCCUGGUAUCCCGGGUGGUGAUUACUUGAUGGGAAUUCUGCUAGUAAAACACAGUCAAUCUAACUUUGUGCCUACCUGUCCUCAAGGAAUGCAGAAACUGUGGGAUGGUUACAGUUUGUUGUAUAUUGAGGGCAAUGAAAAAUCCCAUAACCAAGAUUUAGGUUUUGCUGGGUCUUGUCUGAGAAGAUUUAGCACAAUGCCUUUCUUGUUCUGUGACUUUAAUAGUGUGUGUAAUUAUGCUAGUAGAAAUGACAAAUCUUACUGGUUAUCAACAAAUGCACCCAUACCCAUGAUGCCUGUUGGAGAGUCUGUCAUCCAAGAAUAUAUUAGUAGAUGUGCUGUAUGCGAAGCUCCAGCAAAUGCAAUAGCAGUCCAUAGUCAGUCUUUAAAUAUUCCAGAGUGUCCAGAGGGUUGGAAUAUGUUAUGGAUAGGUUACAGUUUUGCAAUGCACACAGCUGCUGGUGCUGAAGGUGGUGGCCAGUCAUUGUCCAGUCCUGGAAGUUGCUUAGAAGAUUUCCGAGCCACUCCUUUCAUAGAAUGCAAUGGUGCUCGUGGAACAUGCCAUUAUUUUGCCAAUAAAUUCAGCUUCUGGCUGACAACCAUCGAUCAAAAUGAUCAGUUCUCACGUCCUGUGAGUACGACUCUCAAGGCUGGUGACCUGCGAUCGCGCAUCAGUCGCUGUUCAGUGUGCAUUAAAAAUACAAAUUUUAAUCCAGGCUUUUAAAAAUUGAACAUUGUGAAGAAAUAAUUGGUGCUAUAGUUGUGCCUUAGAACAUUUACUUUAUUUUUAAUAAAAAACAAACAAUGGCACAGUAUUAUGCAGACAAUGAAGGCUGUGUAAUGGAUGAAAAGAGAAAAAGAACUUUUUAUUGCUUUUUACUCAGUGCUCAUGGGUGCAUUAAAGCUGUAAAAUGUGAAAGCAUUGUAUCAAAUAUUGUAACAAAAAAUGCAUAGUUUCUCUCAAUUUUGUCUUUUUUUUCAGAAAUGUAUGUGAUAUUUGUAAUGAAUUUUAUGGUUAGCAAACAAGAAUAUUAUGUUUUUUUCAUAUUUAUUGGAAAUAUGAAAUUUUUUUUUCAUUUUAUGCAAUUCAAUAACAUAUGAAAUGUAUUGAUUUUAAUGCAGUUAAAUUUCAAUUUGUUUACAAGUUUUAAUUUAUAUAAUUAGAAUUUAAAUUCACUCUAAAUAGUGACUACUUUAUUAAAAUUUUUGAUGCAAAAACCCUGGAUUGAAUUUAAUUAUGAAGUGUUUAUUACAAAUAAAAUUCUGCUAAAUGGUACUAAAAUUUAUAUUAAAUUAAAAGCUUUUCUUUUGUUUUAUUGUGUACUUAAUUUGAAUGACCUCUGGUUUUUUUUUUAUUUUAUCUAUUUGUGAAUUUACUCUCAUAAGUAACAUAAAAUGAUGAGAAUAACAUAUUUCUUUAAAAUAUAAUUGCAUUUUAGAAAACAUUUUUAUAUCCUUCAUCGUGUUUUAUAUCAUUUAAAAGCUCUAUCUGUUUAAAUAAUUAUUUUAUUAAUUUUUACUCAGCAUAUAUUAUUAUUUAAUUUGUUAUAUUCAUUAUUUUUCUAUGCUUUAAAUCUUUGAAAAAAAUAUGCAACUUUUCUAUUUUUCAUAACUUUGAAGAUAAUUUAAUAAGCAUAUGCUUUGAUUUUCCAUGCUCAUCUAGUUUAUUUAUAAUAUUCAGAAACAUCUAUUCUUGCUGAAUAAACCAUUUUAAUAUUGAUUGCAUUCAGGCAGACUCUUAACAUUGUGCUUCUAAACCUCUUGUUUUACUCUGUAUUUCUCAGAAAUGUUAUAUAAUUCGCUAUUACCUAUGAAUCGAGGGUUUAUAUUAAAUCGAGACUUGUUUUAUAUGCCAAUUUGUUAUGGGUGCCUAAAAAUACAUAUAACUGCUAUUUAAGGUUGAAAUAAUAUGUAUAACUAUUUUACUGUUGUAAGUAGAUAUAUUUUAUUAAGAAUGUUUUUGUACAUAUUUAUAAAUUAUUUUUUCUAGCAAUCUAAAAGUUUUCUAAAUGGAUGAAAUGAAUUAUCUACUAUCAAAUUUUAUUCAAAUGCUAAUGAAUUGCGAUAUUUUGGAAUAUUUUUGUAAGUAAUACACUUUUAAUGAAAUUUUACUUAUAUUUAAAGCUGACACUGCCAAAUAUAAUCUUGACUAUUUUUUUAGUCUAAAGGAAGCUAACAAUUGCAUAUCACUGCCAUCUUUAGGUCCUAGUCUCAUCUUUUUAUACAUUCUUCUUUCUGAUGUAAAUUAUCUAUUCUAUUCUAUUGAUAUGCUGCUCAAUGAAAGCUUCUGUGUUUCAAUAAAGAUAAAAUUUAUUUAUA